AGAGCGCAACGGGUCGGGGCUGGGCGCGGAAGCUGACGCUGCAUUCACCGCUUGCACCUGAAGAUUCCAUGUGGCGGUCGACGCACGGCGCCACUUUCGUCGUUCGUCGUUUCUUUCUCGCGAUCGAUGAGCAGCAGCAGCAGCAGCAGCACACUGCGCUAGAAUGCAAAUGCCCUCGAGAUUCGAUCUCUGCCUCUGCCCAGAGGAUCUUGCGAAGGCUUGGGCUGUGAGGCGUUGAGACGGAGAAGGAGAAGGAGAAGGACGAGAAUUUGUUCCGACAGGGUCGUGGCGGAUCCAGGAUCGAAAGAGCGGACUGGACUGGUGGAUGAAAUUGGCGUCAGGUGGUGGGGUCGAGGUGGUGGACGUGGGCCGAAUGGGUAGGUUGUAAUGUGGAUUGAUCGUGGAAUUGAGGGCCGACGAGAAAUGUGUCCAAGAUUGACGCUCAGUGUGGAAAUGUGUGGAGUUUGGCAGAAUGAAGAAAGGAUUUGCCAGCAGAGGGUGCCGAGAUCAGUGGGUAGGUGGUAAUCAGGUGCUGGGAGGAGCUGGGGGGAAUUGAGCGUGCCGGGCGAUCGCUCGGACCGGAGUCUUGGUGCAGGUGAGAGCUGGUCGAGAGCAUGUUUCCUCAAUUUGCUGUCAGCGCAGCCUCCUUUAGCAGAGCAACUGCGCUCUUGACUCGUGUGGGUACAGAUGCCCACUUUUACGAUGAUCCGGAGGCGCCCAAUUUGGCCAUUCUUUUGGACUCCAAGUAUGAAGCGGAAAAAACUGAGGGCAUGAAGCGCCUCAUAGCUCUCAUGUCACAAGGCAGAGAUGUGUCCAACUUCUUUCCCCAGGUUGUAAAAAAUGUUGCGUCUCCUUCUUUGGAGCUGAAAAAGCUUGUCUACAUCUACUUGGUACAUUAUGCUGAAAAGCGACCCGAUGAAGCAUUGCUGGCAAUCAACUCAUUUCAGAAAGACUUAUCUGAUUUGAAUCCCCUAGUUCGUGCUUGGUCUCUGCGGGCUAUGUCAGGGAUCCGAGUUCGCGUUGUUCUUCCCCUGGUAGUUAUGGCCGUAAACAAAUGUGCGAGAGAUCCUUCUCCAUAUGUGCGUAGAUGUGCAGCACAUGCCAUCUCCAAGGUUUUUGCCAUGGAUCGCGAGCAGCAUCUCGAAACCCUUGAAGAGUUAAUAGCUUUGCUAAUGAACGAUAACUCUCCCAGUGUGAUUGGAGCUGUAGCAGCAGCUUUCAGUGUCGUAUGUCCUGAUCGGCUUUCCCUGCUCGGACCACGCAUUCAGAAGCUUUGUGAACUACUUCCCGAUGUGGAUGAAUGGGGUCAGGUUGUGCUUAUUGACAAUCUCCUGCGGUAUGCUAUAGGAAGACAUGGCUUUCCUAAAGGAAGCUUCGGAUUUCUCAACGCUCAGCAAGCCAAAGGACUAGUCCAAGAUGAUGUAUAUUUGGAGAAAAGAGAAGGACAGCUGCUAGAGAUGCUGCAGGUUGGUGAUGCUCAUCGUGCAGUUAGGGAUAAGAGGAAAGCAGAGGUAGAAGAGAAGGAUGGAGGCGGAAAAGUUUCUGGAUUUCAAGCGGCUAAUGAGUUAUGGCUAAGGAAUACACCACAAGAAAUGGAUGAACCUGAGGAGGUCUCUAAGGACAUACAGAUGUUAUUACAGAACACUCAACCUCUGUUGUGGAGCCGGAACAGCGCCGUAGUUAUGGCGUCUGCUAGUGUUCAUUGGUUGCUUGGGCGUAAGGAAGAUGUGAAAAAGAUCGUGCAGCCUUUGGUGUUCCUUCUUCGGUCAGCACCCGAAACGCAGUAUGUGGUGCUUGCGAAUUUAUCUACCUUUGUGAAAUUGGCACCAUCGAUGUUUCAAGCUCAUUAUGAAGAUUUCUUCAUCACAUCGGCCGACUCUGAGCAGAUUCGAGUACUGAAGCUCGACAUUCUCUGUUUGCUAGCAACAGAAACCUCAAUAAAAUAUAUUCUUCAAGAGUUUCAGGCAUAUGUCAGGAGUCCGGACCGUCAGUUUGCUGCAGACACUGUUAGCGCUAUCGGACGGUGCGCCGUACGACUACCUUCUCUUGCUGCAGCUUGCACGAUUGGCCUGUUGUUACUGGCAAGAAGUGGGUCUGUUGUAUCUAAUGAUUCAAAUGAUGUCGGGAAAGAAGACCAAGAAGCUCAGAUUAAGGGUCACACCACUCGUUAUACACCAGUAAGGACACUGCGGAGCCAAAAUAAUGGAGAGAAGAGCAGCAGAGAGGCUGUCGUUGUUACUCAAGCUGUCCUUGCUCUUCGCAUAAUUGUGCAACAGCGGCCACUUGAAAAUGAAGAGGUCCUCGCCCGCCUUAUUCGCGGCCUUGACAAAUUGAAUGUCCAGCGAGCAAGAGCUAUCGUUAUCUGGAUGAUCGGAGAGUUUAGCGAAACAGGAACUCUUGUUCCUAAAAUGAUUCCUGUUGUUCUGCAGUAUCUAGCAGGAACAUUUACGAAAGAAUCAGAUGAGACGAAAUUGCAAAUCAUGAACUGUGCGGCGAAGGUUGUCUUACGGUCUCAAGCAUCAUCAGAUUCGGCUUCUCAAGUUGCAUUGCUAGUCUUCGACACAGUUCUUAGACUUGCUUCUCAGGACUUGAAUUACGAUAUCCGUGACCGCGCUCGUAUGCUUCAGCAGCUUCUCGUCUUACAUCUACAAGGCCUGUCUGAAAGAAGUCAGAAAGUUGAGGGGGAUGUAGCAGAUAAACUUACCAUGUUGCGGGUACAAGAAUCGUCCUCUAUUUUGGAAAGCGUGGAAGGUGAUGAUGGAGAAAAAACUUCUAGUUUCAACGUUGACAAGCCUCGAAAUGGAAAGUCAAGUGCUGGGCUAAUGAAAUUGGCAGAGCACAUAUUUCUAGUACCAAAAAUAGCUCCAGCUGUGCUUUCUUUGACGCCUGAUCGAUCAUUUUUACCUGGUUCAAUGUCACAUGUUGUACAGCAUAUUGCACCAGAUUACAGGCCGCUGCCACAACCUUUCAGCAUAGACUCAGCGGAUAGUCUAACACAUGUGCGUCAUGCUGCUACUCAACAAGCUGAUAGUGAGGUUGACUCUAGUUCUAAUGGUGAUUACAGUGGAUCUGGGGAUGAAAAGUAUGGCAACAUGUCAAGUCCAAGAAGCAGUAGCAAUGGUGAGCAUGUUGAGGAAGAAAAUGGUGAGAGCUUUUUAAGUGGUUCUGGAGACAGUUCGUCAGAAAUCGAUAUGUAUCAACAUUCAGGAAGGAGCAAGUCAGCAUCUCAUCCGUCAUCUCACAGUAGAAGCCACCGGUCAGGACAUGAAAAAAGGUCUAGCAGAGAUGUAGAACCUCUUAUAUCUUUGUCAGAUACUGAAGCUGGAGUAACUUCAGGAACCCAAGGGCGAGAUGUGAAUCAACAACCACUCAGCGAGAGUCCAACGGCAGGUUUUGGGCUCUCUUCUAAAGACUUAGAUUCUUGGUUAGGUCAAGAAGAGAUGGGUACUACUUCAGGAUCAGCAUCUGGUUACGCCAAUCUUUCUCUAGGAAAGAUUGCUGUUGAGCCCAAGACCCACACCCUUUUGGAUUUCACAAAUGGAGGGGGAUUGGAGGUGAAAUACUAUACCGAACGAAUCGCUGUGUCAUCAUCAGAAGACCAGGUGUACGUAAAACUCUUGUUUCACAAUCGCGGAUCUGAGUCUCUGUCUGGUAUAACGGUCAAGGAGGUUGAAUCCAGCAAAACAUCUUUUGAGACGAGCGAGUCAGAAACUUCUAGCAGCAUCCCAGUAAAGUCAGAGCAAGUCGUCUCUGGCCUGGAUCCCGGGAGCAAAGCGGAAGGGAAGCUGGUUGUUCAGUUCCUGCAUCACUUCAAUCCAGUCAAGCUAUCCAUCGUCUGUAAUGAUAAAACCUAUCUUGUGAAGCUCGUUCUGGAAGUUGGGGUUCUUAUAAGACCUGUUCCAUUGAGCCCCGAGGCAUUCAAUUCCUCCCAGUCUCGAAUUACAGGGAUGCACGAAUCUUCUCGCAGGUGUAUACUAAAAGUUCGUCACCCGUCACAAGGAGUCCCUGUAACAGAAGACAAGCUUCUAGUAGUAGCUCGAUCAAUCGCUCAAAAAGUCUUGACUAGUGCACAUGUGUCAUUGGUGUCAACGACUAUUCCGAUAGGCGAUUCUUUUGUGAGUGAGCAAGCCAUCAAAGGUGGGGGAGUACAGGGUUUGCGCCUCCGGUUUAGUGGGAAAACGUUGGCGGAAUCUGUUUUGUGUCUAAUAGAAGUAGCUGUAUUGACAGAAACUGUGACAGAGAUCGAUUGUGAACAGUUAGAGGUUUUGAUGAAGGUAAAUUGUGAAAAUACAGUUUUUGGCCUGACCUUGUUGCAAGAGCUGAGUAAAGCUUUGAGCUCUUCUGAGUGAAACAAGAGCUGAGAACAAUUGAAUAUAGGUACUUCAUCCUUGGGCCUUCUCGUUGAUGGAUUGAUUUCUAGCUUUUUUUAUUGAAGAUUGCCUAUGCGUGCACUCGUCCAUCAGUCGUUGAAGAGUUUACGACAUCCGUCAGCAGAGCUUGUCGUUGCAUUGGCUUUUGUCAACCAUAAAUGUUCCUCGUUGUACAGACAGUUUGCGUCGAGAAGAACUGGCUUUCUUUAGUAUGAAAGGUCCUCCUUGUACAGACAGUUUGCGUCGAGAAGAACUGGCUUUCUUUAGUAUGAAAGGGC